AUGCUACCUGGCGAGAAGUUCACAGUGCUGAGCAAAUCCGAUGUCGUUUUCAUGAGUUCUAAAGCCACAGUGUGGAGACGCGAAACAAAAGUGCUACAAAGAGAUGGCGACUACUUCUACGGCAACGAGACUUUUGUUGACUGUCUGGCAGUAGUUGUCGACGGUUCUAACUCAAAAUGCGAUGGUUUCGUGCCACUGGCUUCUAAUCAGGUGAGAGCGCCAAGGCAAGCAUCGUUCUACAGAUUGGGACUUGCAUUGCGAAACGUGAGUCCGAACGACAACGGUGUCUACAUCGGAGGAGUUAUCAACAGAAACAACAGCUUCCAGCGGAUUCCUGGCUGCAUUUUCAAACUGAAUCUGUUGAAAGCCGUUGCUGCGCUUUGUUUGUUCUCCUGUCUCUGUGAAGCCGCGUCAGGCAUUAGCUCCAUACCCAAAGCAAGCAUAUUCGACAGGAGCUCCAUACUUGCUCCAUUCAAACCGAAGCCUGCGAGACCUGUGAGCCCUGUGAGACCUGUGGCGCAGACAAUCUAUGCUGGUAAAGUCUUCAUGCUACCCAACGAGAAGUUCACGGUGCUGAGCAAGUCGGAUGUCGUUUUCAUGGAUUCUAAAGCCACGGUGUGGAUGCGACAUACAAAAGUGCUCCAAAACGAUGGCGAAUUCUUCAACGGCAACGAAACUUUUGUCGAUUGUCUGGCAGUAGCUCUUGACGGUCCCAACUCAAAAUGCGAUGGUUUCGUACCAGUGGUUUCCAAUCAGGUGAGAGCGCCGAGGCAAGCCUCAUUCUACAGACUGGGACUCGCAUUGCGAAACGUGAGUCCGAACGACAACGGUAUCUACAUCGGAGGAGUAUACAAUUGUGUGGGAGUUGUGCUAGUCUAA